CAGCAGAGGCAGGAGCAGCAGCAGCAGCAGCAGAAGAGCAGAUCAGGAGGAGCAACGGGAUCUGCUAGCCUACGCCUACGCGCUGAUCCCAACGACAGCGCUGCCGCAGCUGGCGUUGUUUACCAGCAGCAGACGCUCAGCAGAAGCUGCAGCGGCCGCCUAAGUUGCGCCGGCAUCCUCUAGAGGGCUCCAGACGACACUACCGUUAUAUACACCGAAGAAAGAGAGGAGAAGAAGCAGCCACAGAAGAAACAAGAAAGGAAGCAGCCGCAGAAGAAACAGAAACAAAAAACAAAAAAAAACAGUUGGAAAGCCUCACCCGAAACUAAAGGCAAAAUAGAAGAGCGGUGAGAGGCACCGAAUUGAGCAGCCGCAGCGGUACUUCGACAAACAAAAUGGCGGAUGGUGGGCAUUCAUUCGUGAAGAAGACAUUUCAUAAGCCAACGUACUGUCAUCACUGCUCGGAUCUGCUCUGGGGCCUCAUCCAGCAGGGCUACAUAUGCGAAGUUUGCAACUUUAUCAUACACGAACGAUGUGUCACGAAUGUGGUAACACCCUGUUCCGGCAUCGCUCCAUGCAUUAUAAAGAAUCCCGUUGCCCAUUGUUGGUCCGAGCCAACCCAUCACAAGAGGAAAUUCUGCACAGUUUGCCGUAAGCGAUUGGAUGAAACGCCAGCGGUGCAUUGUCUAGUUUGCGAAUAUUUCGCGCAUAUUGAGUGCCAAGAUUUUGCCGUGCCCGAUUGCACAGAGAAUGCCACCUAUGUGCCCGGCAAGGAGCUGCUUAAUGUGAAGCAUCAACACCACUGGCGAGAGGGCAAUCUUCCAUCAACGUCCAAAUGCGCAUACUGCAAGAAGACCUGUUGGUCAUCGGAAUGUCUCACUGGCUAUCGCUGCGAGUGGUGUGGCAUGACCACCCAUGCCGGAUGUCGCAUGUACCUGCCAACCGAAUGUAAUUUUGGUAUUCUACAACCUAUCUACUUACCUCCGCAUUCAGUCUCGAUACCACGCACCGAGGUGCCCAUCGAGGCGAUCAUCGGCGUCCAGGUCAAGUCGAAAACGACGCUCGUGCGCGACUAUUCGUGUCCCAGUCCGGAUCUCAGUGCUGGUUCGGGACCAGGUUCUGGAACGGGGUCUGGAACGGUGCCAGGUGUGGUUUGCCUCAGGGAGCUGCUCGAGCUUCAUCGGCAGCGUCUUGAGCAAUCGAAACAACAUUUUCUCCUUUCAUCACCGCCCACGCCCACAUCCUGCGGCUCCAUCUCGCUCUGCCACUCGCCCACACCCUCGCUGACAGUGGGAGAGACGAGCACCGAGCUGGAACCGGACCAGGACCGCCCCGACGACGAUCAGGAGGAGGAUGAGGACGAAGACUACGUUGCAACGGAGGCGGACAGCGCCCUGCAGCUGACGACAUCCACCUCGAACGUCCUGGGCCCGCUGCAAAAGUCGCCGUCGACCAACUCCUCGCUGCAUCUGCUCUACACGAGCAUCUUCCGGAAGCUGGGACCCGGCAGGAGGCGACGAAAGCGCGGCGGUGGUAUUUCUCAAAGCGAGGAGGACGAUGAGGAGGAUGAAGACGAGGUGGAUGGCGGUGUCUGUGAUAUAAGCGGUGGCGACAUCAGCGACGACUACGAUCACUGCGACGUGUCCCUACGCCGGCGGGAAAGAGCCGCCCGCCGGCAGCCACGGGAAGUCAGCGAGACGGACUACCACGGCGAUGUGGAGAUGGAGACGGCGCCGCGGGAAAGCUGCUACGAGACUUCGGACACCGGGGGCGAGCUGACGAACACGGAUGAGCUCGACUCCAGCAUGAAUCUGAUCAGCAACCUUAGCUAUAAUAGUAGUAAUAGUAACACCUCCCAUGCCUCCAGAACUGCCCACCCACCCACAGUUGCUGUCACAGGCACCGCAGCUGCACCUGCCAAUGCCACUGCCGCUGCUAAUAGCCCAAAUCCAAAGACUGGGGCCGCUCUGGCGGCCAAGCCCAAGCCCAAGACCAUACUCAGUGUCUCGAAGCACAAACACAAGGUGGGCGGAAAGGGCGGAUCCCUGAGUUCGCCCAACUCCAGCGACUGCUCCUCGGCCUCGCCCUCAGCCCCGGCCAGCGGCUCCCUCACGCACACACUGCUCCAGCUCUCACCCGUGGGACGGAGCAAGUCCUUCCAGGAGCCAGGCGUCAGUGUGUCCCGCUACAAGAAGUACGGACGCGGUCUGUUCCGGCGGCGAUCCAAGAGAUCGCCCAAGAACACGGCUGGCGGUGGCGUGGCGGGUGGUGGCGGCGGUGUGAAGAGCAACUACAGCCUGGACAGGCUGUCGCAGAACAUAGAGAUCACCAUCCAGGACGAGGAUGGGAACUACAGGCCGUAUGACGACAACUACCACAUGCUGGCGCGCCGCAGUGGAGGCCACGAUGCCACUGAUGUGGAUGACGAUGUGUGCUUCGAUGAUCUCUACUUGGACGAUCGGCCCGGCGGCCAGAGCGACGAUCUGGCGGCCUUUGCCGGCGACAUCAGCGAUGGCGGUGCCAGCAGUCGAUCGCGGGCCAGCGACGCCAGCGAUGGCCACGUCCUGGGGCGACUCCUGCGGCACGUGCGUGGCCUCUCCGUCGGCUGGCGCAAGCCGCGCUACCAGAAGCGCAGAGCACGCAGUAUAUCCGAGGAGUUCAGCAGUGGCGAUACGCCUCGCUUCAAGGAUGAGGAGUCCGCCAGCAAGACCGAAUCGGGCCAUGGACCCAGCAGUGGAGGUGGAGGCGAAAGAGGAGGUGCCAGUGGCAGUGGAGGCGGCGGGGGAGGCUCCAGCACUGCUGGUGGAUCUGCGGCACCAUCGGGCGGUGGUGGUGGUGGUGGUGGUGGAGGAUCUUCCGGGCACUAUAGUAGGCCCGAUUCCGCCGGCCACAAGUCGGAUGCCAAGUCAGAAGCCAAAAUGGAAAGGGACCGCGAGAAGAAGGAAAAGGAGCGCGAGGAGAAGGAUAUAGAGAUGAUCAAGGUUUUCGAUGGCAACAACUCAUUCCGACGCCAACAGUAUCGCGUGAUCAUCGUGCAGCGGACGUAUACGCUGGAGCAGCUACUGACCACCGCGCUGCGGGCCUUCCACAUCACUCGCGAUCCGCAGGCCUUCUAUCUGACCGAUAUGUAUGCCCCCGCUGGCAUGGAGGAUACCCCGAUGCUGGACCCAACACCAGUGCUGAGUCUUGUGCAUUUGGAGGGCAAGCGACCGGCAAUAUACGUUCGGUUUCACGACAAGGAAAAGGGCCAUGUCCGUGUGUAUCCUGGGAAGCUGCAGUGUGCACUGGAGGAUCCCUAUGUCAGUGUUCCUGUAGAUAAUAACACAGUCAUUAAGGAUUUGAUACGUGAUGCGCUGGACAAGUUCGGGCUGCAGGAUAACCAGAUACAAGAUUACAGAUGCUCGGAGGUGCUGCUCGAUCGUGGCGUUACCGAACGCAUCCUCUCGUGGAAUGAGAGACCCUGGGAUAUUAUGAAACAGCUGGGCAAGGACUCAAUACGCCAAAUGGAGCUGAUGCGCUUCUACAUGCAGCACAAGCAGGAUCCCCAUGGACCCAACAUUGCCCUCUUCGUGGGCAAUCUGCCCACAGGGCUCUCGCAGCGAAACUACGAGCAAAUCCUCAACAAGUACGUCACCGAUGAGAACAAGUUCAUCAGCAUUGGACCCAUCUACUACGAGUAUGGGUCUGUGGUCCUGACCUUUGAGGAUGCCCAGAAGGCGGUUCGUGCCUUCUAUAAUCUCCGCGAGACGAUCAUCGAGGACAAGAAGCUGCUGGUGCUGCUCUUGCCGAACAUUGAGCCCAGCAUGGUCCCCUCCGAUGUGCGACCGCUGCUGGUUUUUGUCAACGUCAAGUCUGGUGGUUGCCAGGGCCUGGAGCUGAUCUCGAGCUUCAGGAAGCUGCUGAAUCCCUAUCAGGUUUUCGAUCUGGACAAUGGAGGUCCUCUGCCAGGGUAAAUCCAAACCAGCAGCUCCAGCCAUUCGCCACAGAUUGUAACCAAUGUCUCCGUCUUCAGUUUGUAUGUUUUCCGCCAAAUAACCAACUACAAGAUUCUGGUUUGUGGCGGUGACGGCACCAUUGGAUGGGUGCUGCAGUGUCUGGACAAUGUUGGCCAGGACUCGGAAUGCUCUAGCCCACCGUGCGCCAUUGUUCCACUCGGAACGGGUAAUGAUUUGGCUCGGGUCCUGUGCUGGGGCUCUGGCUAUACCGGCGGCGAAGAUCCGCUGAAUUUGCUGCGGGAUGUGAUCGAGGCCGAGGAGAUACGGCUGGAUCGCUGGACCGUUGUCUUCCAUCCGGAGGAUAAGCCCGAAGAGCCGGCCAUGAAGGCGCCGUCCCAAACAACCGGUAAGAAGAAGAAGGCACACCAAGCACAUCUAUCGCAAUCGCAAUCGCAACAAACCAAUCAGCAUCAUCAAUUACCGGCUCUGACAUCGAGUGAUAUAUCAGGUGGCGCACAAAAUGAGGACAACUCACAGAUCUUUGUGAUGAACAACUACUUUGGCAUUGGGAUCGAUGCCGAUCUGUGCCUGGACUUCCACAAUGCUCGAGAGGAGAAUCCGAAUCAAUUCAACUCGCGGCUCCGCAACAAGGGCUACUACGUCAAGAUGGGUCUCCGAAAGAUCGUCGGACGCAAAGCGGUCAAGGAUCUGCACAAGGAGCUGCGCCUGGAGGUCGACGGCAAGGUUGUGGAACUGCCGCCAGUUGAUGGCAUCAUCAUUUUGAACAUAUUGAGCUGGGGCAGCGGCGCCAAUCCCUGGGGUCCCGACAAGGAUGAUCAAUUCUCCACCCCGAACCACUACGAUGGAAUGCUAGAGGUGGUCGGAGUCACUGGCGUUGUCCAUUUGGGCCAGAUCCAGUCGGGCAUUCGCACGGCCAUGCGCAUAGCUCAGGGUGGCCACAUUAAAAUACACCUGAACACGGACAUGCCCGUUCAAGUUGAUGGCGAGCCCUGGAUCCAGAGUCCCGGCGAUGUUGUGGUCCUCAAGUCGGCUCUCAAGGCCACGAUGUUGAAAAAGAACAAGCUGAAAAUGAAGCGCAGGAACACGGAACCCACCAUGAUCGUUGCCGGCUCGGCGACGCCCCAACUGUCGCUGGCCCUGCCGCCAAGCGUGGACGAGGUGGUCGAUGGGGCCGUGGGCGAUGGCGGAACGGGCAAUAAUACGGAUUUCUGAAUAUGGUAUAGCGAGCGUCUGAUUUAACGUGCUAAUUCCAGCCAGCCAACCAAAAACCAGCCGCACAAAAUGCAUCUUGAGCACCCCACCAACCGCCAAACAGCAGCAGAAGCAGAAGCAGGAGUACCCAGAACCCACCCAAAUAACCAGAACCAGGAUCAGAAAACAGCAACAGUCCAUAGCCGGAGUCCAAGCUCAAACAAGAAUCGAAUCGAAUCAAAUCAAAUCAAAAGCUGUAAUCAAAAUUACUUCUUACAACACUCUUAUACUCUACUACAACAAAACUCCACUCCAUGUAUAAAGAAUCCCAAGUCAUGCCAAAAGUUCAAAAGUUCAGCAGACCCGCAACCGCAUUUCCUCCCGCAUUUCCGCAUGUGUCUGAAAGAAGUACGUUAAACUCAAACAGCUCGAAGCACACACAACUGUACCUCAUAGUGCAGCGACUCUACGAAAGUUAACCUAUGAAAUAGAUACAGUACAGUCCAGAACCAGUCAGAGUAACCAGCAACAAAUCCGAUAUACAGAUAUUCAGAUAGUAUACAGAUGUUAGGGAAGAUAGAGGUUUUGUUCUAAAACUCAGCGCAAUAGUCCUGAGAAGAUGUAUCAAAUUCAAGUUCAAUAUUAUGUUCCUUCUCGUUUUGUUCCUAUGUAAGAAACAGCAGAAACAGAUUAGUGAUACCGUUAAACAGAGAAAACCGCAAGCCGUGAGAGGAAUGAUGAUGGAUGAUAAAGGAAGAAGAAUCAUGCAUGCAUGAUCAUUGAAGGAUAUGAAGAAUAUGAAGAACCAGGGAAAAUGUAAUGAAAAACCAAAAAGAAACAAAACAAAAAGUACAAAAUUGUUGAAAAUUGUUUGUUAUAACUAAAUGAAACUGAAAAAAAACC